UUCACUAAAGGUCCCAAGGCAGUGAUGGAGAUGACCACUAGAUCUUUUCAUCAAUUCAACACAACCACUGCACCUGUUUACCAGUAUGCUGAGUUGAGACAUUCUCUCAACACUAUGUCUGCCAUUUUUCUCUCCCUGGUCUUUGUCCUCGGUGUGCUCGGGAAUGGAGUUGUUAUCUGGGUGACCGGGUUCAAGAUGAAGAAAACUGUUAAUGCAGUUUGGUUUCUCAACCUUGCUGUGGCCGACUUCUUCCUUUGUGCAUUUCUUCCCAUCCCCGUUACAUACCUGUUAAAGUCUCAUUGGCCUUUUGGCCAAGUCAUGUGCAAGCUAAACACCACUUUACUCUUUCUAAACUUAUUUGUUAGUGUCUACAUUCUGGUGGUGAUCAGUGUGGACAGGUGUGUGUCUGUGGUGUGGCCGGUCUGGGCUCACAACCACCGUAAUGUACGUAAGGCAUCCUAUGUGAGUCUGUGUGUUUGGAUGGUUAAUCUGAUAUACAGCAUUCAAUGGUUUUUCUUUAUGGAAACAAAGGAAAUGAAUGACACUAAAGCCAAAAUCAUCUGCUUCAACAAGUUUGCUCUUCAUGAUGACUUUAAACCAUCAUCUUUCAUUCAGCUGGUAUUAGUCACACGCUUUCUCCUGGGAUUUGCAGUCCCCUUCUCUGCCAUUGUCUCCUGUAAUGCUGUCAUAAUUCAUCGUCUGAGAAGAAGCAGCACUCUGGCCAGGCAAUCAAGUCACACUUUUAAGAUCAUCACUGCCAUAAUCAUUACUUUCUUUCUGUGCUGGGCUCCCAUUCACAUUAUGGGUCUAAUUCAACUUGACAAACACCGAUCUGCUACUACAAGUGGAACAUUAGAGUAUGUCCUGGCUAUCGGGAUCCCUCUUGCCUACUGUUUGGCUUGUCUCAACAGCUGCUUGAAUCCACUGCUGUAUGUGUUCAUGGGCCAGGAUUUUAAGGAUCAAGUCAACAAAUCCAUAAGCAACGUCUUGGAGACUGCCUUCCAGGAAGAAGUUCCUCGCUCUUAUAUCUAUACAAAUGUAACCACUCAGAACAAUGAGAAGUCAGUGUCUGACGCACAGUUGUAA